AUGGAAGUAAGCGAACCGAAGUACAGGGCGGCCGUCAGCAUUCUCAUUUUCCUCCCAUGGGCCUUGUGCCUGAUCGUCCUUGGAGGCUACGGUUACCUCCUGCGGGACUGGCGCUGGUUCAGCGUCACGACCUCCCUGCCCUGCCUGCUCUUCCUGCCGAUGCUCCUGUUUCUGGACGAAUCGCCACGCUGGCGACAUGACGAUGCGCUGCGCAUCCUCCGCAAAUCUGCGCGCUGGAACAAGGCUCAGCUGCCGCCCGAGGAGGAGCUGCGCGCCCUCAUGGACCUCAUCAGGAAGGAGGGACUGACUGCGAAUAAGGAAGGCGAUGCGUCCACCUCGGGCCUUGUUAGUUCCUUGAGGAAUAUAGUGGAGGACGUCGUUGUGCUUGUGAGAUGCUUUAUGCUUUGUGAUAUGGUAAAAAUAUUAACUGUCUUUUAUAACUGGAAUCUGGAAUGGAAAAGAAUAUUAAAAGUUCCUUUGGCUUCCAGAACGAGGAGAAUGCGCAGCAUUACGCUGUCGUUCUAUGCCCAGUUCUUCGUGCUGGGAAUCGUCUACUACGGCCUCUCGUUCGGCGCCGACAAGCUGGGCGUGGACCCGUUCGUGUACAUGGCGGUCAGCGGGGUGAUGGAGGUCCCUGGCGGCACGCUGACCAUUCCUCUCGUAGAGAAGAUGGGCAGGAGAGCCUCGAGCACGCUGUUCUUCGUGGUCACCGCCGGCUCGCUCUUGGUGCUCGGCUUCAUCCCAGAUGCCCUGGAGUGGCUGGUGGUCACAAUGGCCAUGCUGGGUCGGUUAGCCAUCACAGCAGCAUACCAGAUCGUGGUCCUUUACGUCAGCGAACUUUUCCCGACUGAAGUGCGAGUUCGAGGGAUUGGGACUUGCACAAUGGUGUCAGAGAUUGGUGCCAUGUUGGCGCCCUUUAUUUUGGAAUCCCUUUGUCCAAGACGCACGUCGCCGCAAGAUUACGCAAAUCGAUCACACAUUUACCGCGAGUGUGAAGUGAGACGGUCGCACCACAACGUACGAAAUGAACAGGACCUCCGCACACUGCUGGGGUAUGGAAAGACGGUGCUGUUGCUGCUAAUGGUGAUGGAUGGUGAUGGCGCUGCAGGUGAGACUUAG